CAGAACCUCCAUAUUUCUCUCUCCACCGCCCACUUCUGGCUUCUCCCUUUUCGCUACUUAUCUUUCUCUCCUUCCGCCUCCCUUACAUUUCUCUCUCUUUCUCCUCGUUUUCCUUUCUUUUUUUUUUUUUCUCUCUCUCUGAUCUCUCUCUGCGUCCCUACGCCACCGCUUUUUCCGGCCGAGAAGAAACACCGCCGCAAUGGGUCGCUUCUUCUCCUGCUUAACCAGAGGCGGCUCUGCCACCAGCAAGACUAAGGACUCUUCCGAAGGAGACCACUCCGCGGGGGGCGAUGAGGGAGGGGCCGUGGCGGCGGCGGCGGUGGUGGUGGAGCUGUUCUCGUCGCAGGGGUGCGCGACGUCGCCGGAGGCGGAGCUGCUGAUAUCUAGGCUAGGGAGGGGGGAUUUUGGGCUGGGCCGGCCGGUUAUGGUGUUGGCGUACCAUGUGGACUACUGGGACCAUAUGGGCUGGAAGGACCCAUUUGGGUCGAGCCAGUGGACCGUGCGGCAAAAGGCCUAUGUUGAGGCCCUAAAGCUUGACACCUUGUUCACUCCCCAGGUUGUGGUCCAGGGGAAGGCCCACUGCGUUGGGAAUGACGAGGAGGCUUUGCUCUCAUCCAUUGGAGCUGCACCUCCAAUCCCUGCUCCUACCCUCCAGGCAACCUUCCAAAGGCCUUCACCGGACACCUUACGAGUCUCCAUAACAGGUGCUCUAAGGACAAAGGUGGACAGUAAUGGUGCUGAUGUCCUGGUGGCUCUGUAUGAGAAUGGGCUGAUGACAGACUGCCCUAAGGGAGAAAACAAAGGCCGUGUCCUAUCCAAUGACUUUGUCGUUCGGAGACUUGAGAAGCUCUGCACUGUUAAAGACAUCUCUGCCAAGAAGACGGUAACUGGAACUGUUAACCUCACUCUGUGGGAUAGUUUCAAUAGCAGCAAAUGUGGCAUUGCUGUCUUUGUCCAAAACAAGUCUUAUCAUAUUUUUGGUUCUCAGAACUUUGAACUGCCUGAUAAUCUAUAGAAGGUUGAAUGGCUGAUCUUUUAUUCACUGUCAUAUUCCAGCUCCUUGACUAUGUACAGGGGACAUGUUCUGUUCUAGAGUCUCGACUUUGUUGUUUGUCUACCUAUUUCAUAUUUUAGGAGGUCGAGAGAGGGAGAGAAUUCACAUUCAUGUAUGAAGUUCCAUUUCUGAUUUGGACAUGAAUGUUUAUCUGAAUUUCUAUUUUGGUGUGAGACUAGUAAAUGCUUUGGCUUUGAGCUA